AUGUACGGAAAAAAUAAAACUCUCAAUGCUCCAUCUGAUAUUCAUGCGAAAGAAAAAUUAAAUCUCUAUGUUUAUGAAUAUUUGUAUCAUAUUGGUGCAGCAAAAGCUGCUCAGGGAUUUUGUGCGGAUAUGAAAUGGGAACCAAAUAAAAUGUCACUUGGUGAACCACCCGGAUUUUUACUUAGUUGGUGGUGUGCUGCACCAGAACGUCGAGAUCAACAUCCACAUUCAGAAGAAGCUAAAGCUUUUCAUGAUUAUGGAUUUAUUAAUGCGAAUGGCAUGCCUCCUCAACCUAAUACAAAUCCGAAUGGUCCACCACCAAUGCCAAUGAAUGUAAAUGAAGGAAUGCAUAAUCCAAAUGUUCCAUUUUUUUCUCCAUCGGGACAACCAAUGAUGAAUCAGUAUCCACGUUAUCCAAAUGCUCCACCACGCUCACUUGUUCGAAUGCCACCACAACCUGAUUAUCCCGGUGGACCAAUUAUGCCACCACAAAUGGAUAGUGGUCGAAACGGCCUACGAAUGACAUCUCCGGGUGCUCGAAUGCCAUCAAAUCCAAUCGGUCAUCCGGGUCCUGGUGGAUCAUUACCAAAUGCAUAUCGACCUCAAGUUAUGUCACCAUCAAUCAAUCAACCUGGACCAAGAAUGCAUAUUACAAAUUCACCAGGAGUUGGUUAUUCUUCAUCAUCACCUGUUCCUUAUGGAACUCCUUGUCCAACAGGUCAUGCACCAACGACACCAACAAUGAUGCCAAGUCCACAAGGUUUGUAUAAAGAAGAAGAAUAUAUGCGUAUUUUUCUUUUUCGUGUUAUCUUCUAUUUAGAUUCAAAUAGUGGAGAAAUGCAACCAUAUGGUAUGCGAAAUAUACCGACCGGUAUGGGCCAUGGACCAAAUCCAAUGUAUCAUGAUCCACAUCUAACGCAUAUGCCACCUGAUAUGACACAUCAUGGUUCCAUAAAUGGUGAUUAUGACCAACAAAUGAAACAAUCACCUAAUCAACAAUCACAAACUCAGCCACCACCACCACCUGAUGUGGCAAAUUAUAAUUAUUCAGAAGAUCCUAGCAAUGAUACAAAUGCUAUAUUAAAACUAAAAGAAUCCAUGCAAGAAGAAGUUAAAAAAUUUGAUAAAACACCUAAUAGUUCACAUAAUGACGAUUAUAAUCAUUUUGGUUCAACUGGUUAA